UUACGCUUGUGUUUUUCAUGCAGAAGAGUAUGAGGAAGCCAGGGAAUCUGGCUGCAACCAACCUAGUGAAGCGACGAGCAGUGAGACGAAUAUUAUUUUUAUUAUAACCCCCGGUCGAAACUUGGCAGAAGCAGGGAUCAUGGACGGAUUACUUCAACUAUUUUGCGUUUUUUCCCCUUAGUUUGUUGGAUUUUUUUAAUUUAUUUUUUACAGAUUUAUACGAUGCAUCCGUUGUGUGUGGAUUAAUUAAAGGCUCGUAUCGUGGAGCUUUAUAAUACACUUGCUUUUAUGUGACGGGAUCAGCCACGAAAGGGAGCACCGUGUUACUUUCAGCGGGGGGGACCUGCAGUCGUCCGCGGCGACGACCUCACGUCGAUCUGACACUUGUUGAAAAGCCAACCUCUGCCUCAACGCCUCAGAUACUCGCCACUUAAGCCGACAAUAUUCACUUUAAUGACUAGGACGAUGCAUUUCAGUGACAACACAUGUAUACAAAGCGACUCACGAAUCUAGAGUUCUGUUUUGGUUGUUGUUGCGAGUUUUGCAAAGUGUUUUUGUGGGUUAAAAACAAACAAACACACACACACACACAACGGUGGCGGCUGUGGGACUGACAGCUUAGCUAAGCUAAGCUAGCCACGGUUGUUUUCUCCCGGGCUGUUAGUGACAUUAACGCCCCACUAGGACCCCGGCAACACGGUCACCCAACAAGUAAAAGUGUCUGCGACACGUAGAGUGUAUCGGUAGUUUAUUCGGAACACGCAAGAGUUGUAGAAGUGACCCAGCGUAUAUAGCUGCUCAUACAGUUCGCCCCCCCCCCCCCCCCGUACACUGUUGUGAUUACGGUGUAGCUCUAGCUUUAGCCACAGCGACUCUCAACUUUCAUCAGAGCAACACUUAGCUUAGCCGCUAGCCGCGCUAGCCGCCAGACCGCCUGGCGAGACGCUCCGCAAACUUCAUCUUGACGUUACUCCGUACCCGGGAAGCCGCCCUCUAUCUCCGGCCUUACCUCGGACCGGGAGAACGAUGUGACGCGCGUUUACUACCCCCCCCCCCCCCCGAUGGAUUUACCAAAACCUGGUUUUAGUGUGGUCUAAAAGCUGGACUCAAUACGGUUUCGUGUUGUUUUUUUUAGUUUCUGAAGUAGCUGGGAGUUUUUUUAAAAACUGCGGCCCGCACCAUGUCUGGAUCCCCGGGCACAGGUGGCUCCAACCCGAGGAAGUUCAGCGAGAAGAUCGCUCUGCACAACCAGAAGCAGGCGGAGGAGACCCGGGCUUUUGACCAGCUCAUGACGGAUCUCAACGUCUCCAGGGUGCAGUUUCAGAAGAUCCAGCAGCUUCGCCUGUCUCAGACACGGGCCCCAUACUAUGGCGGAUCGCUGCCCAACGUCAACCAGAUUGGCAAUACCAGCAACGACUUCCAGGGUGGCUUCCCCUCAGGGCUGGACUCUGUCAGAGGGACCCGUCACCAUGGACUGGUGGAGAGGGUCCACCGGAACCGCAUCAACUCCCCGCUUCGCCGGCCCCUGGACAAGCACGGACGGCAGAUUGAGAGCUCUCCGUACGCGACGGCGUACCUGUCCCCGCCCCCGGACAACAACUGGAGAAGGGAUCAGCAGACAUGGACUGAGGAGAAGCGUCCUGGGUUUAGAUUAAUAUCCCAACUCAACAGAACCAACUCGGACUCGGCCCUCCACACGAGCGUCAUGAACCCCAACGCCCAGGAUCCCUUCGGCAUGGGCCAGCAGAUGGGACGAGGGCCGCCCCAGCGCCCCAACGCCGGUGGGAAUGAGGUGGAGGUCGACGGCACUGGCGAUGUGUUCUCCUUUCCCUCCAUGUCUAAUGAGGAGGGUCUGCUAGGCGUCAGCAAGCCCCUGCCAAAGCAGCUGUGGGAGGCCAAGGUCCAGUCCCUGGCUUCUCGACCUAAAUCCUGUGAAGUGCCUGGAAUCAAUAUAUUCCCCUCUCCGGAGCAGAACCCGGGGCUGUCCCACUACCAGGGCUCGCUCAGCCAGGGCGGCUCGCUGCCCGACCUCACCAACCUGCACUUCCCCUCGCCGCUGUCCACGCCGCUGGACCCCGAGGACAACGGCGGCUACCCCAACCUCAGCGGGGGCAGCAGCACGGGCAACCUGCCCGCCGCCAUGAUGCACCUGGGUAUCGGCAACACGCAGGGUCUGUCCUCGUCUCUGAGCAACCCGUCCAUCCAGGCCUCCCUCAGCACCUCCCAGAUGCACAUGUCCCUGAGCAACCCGUCCAUCCACUCGUCGCUGCGGAUGGCCGCGCUGCCCAGCCCCCCGCCGCCGGCCGGGCUCAACAGCUCGCCGCGCCGCCGCCCCGCCCCCAUCAGCCCCCUGACGCUGUCGCCGGGCGCCGAGCAGCGCCGGGGCCUGGCCAAGCAGCUGUCGCCCACCAUGUCGCCCUCGCUGUCGCCCAUCACCCAGGGGGUUGCCUUGGACACCAGCGGCAUGCCCAUGGAGCCGCCCCCGCCCUACCCGCUCUAUCAGCAGUCCCAGCAUGCACUGGGCCAGGGGCCGCCCCGACACCAGCAGCACCAGCAGCAGCACCAUCAACAACAGCUGCACCACCACCACCACCACCACCAGCAGCAGCAACAACAGCACCAACAACAACAACAACAGCAGCAGCAACAACACCACCAACAACAACUUCAACAUCAUCAACACCACCAACAGCAACAACACCAUCAACAACAACAGCAGCAGCAACAACAACAGCAGCAGCAGCAGCACCAACAACAGCACCAACAACAGCACCAACAACAACAACAACAACAACAACAACAACAACAGCAGCAGCUCCAACAGCAGCAGCAGCAGCAACAGCCGUCCUCCCCCGUCAACAACAUUCCCCUGGAAUUCACGGGCAGCCCGCAAAACCUGGCAUCGUUCUUCAGCGACCCCUUUCUGGAGCAGCAGUUCUCUAGCCGUCAAGACAAAGCUCUGUCCUACCAGUUCGAGCAGUACAGUCUCCUGGAGAGCGUGCUGAACUCGGCGGCGGGGGGCUCCUGCUUCGACCCCUCGCCUGCCCCCUCGGGUCUCUUCUGCCCCCAGGGGGCCCACUCGGGCCUGUCUGGUAGCCGUGGCAACCUGCACGACCCCCUCAACACGAGGUCCAACAUGCUCUACUCCAACUGCGGCGGGGGCGUGCCCAACAUCAUCCUCACUGGCGGUACUGACGGCUUUCUGUCUCUGUCUGCAGACGAGUCCAACGCCAGCCUGUCCAAGGACAUCAGCAGCGCCCUGUCGGCCAUGCCCGAGUGCUUCGACUCGGAGUCGGGUUUCCCCCUGGAGGACGAACUGCGCAUCGAGCCCCUGAGCCUAGACGGUCUGACCAUGCUCAGUAACCCCGACAUGGUGCUACCCGACCCCUCCGUGGAGGACACCUUCCGCAGCGACAGACUCUGAGCGACAACGUGCCAAGAAAGGCUUUCACGCAUACAGACCGUCUCUUUCUUUGUUUCACUUUCUUUAUUUCUCCCUUUCACUCUCAACCCCCUUCUUCAACUCGCACACAUAUCAAAGGCUCACGGAAGGUUUUGUGUAACACGUGCACACGGACGUGCGCUACAUGGAAUGUACAAAUCUAAAUAUAUGCAUGCAGACAAUCUCAUCAUUCGCACCACUGGAUCACACACUCUCUCACACACACACACACACACACACACACACACACACACACACACACACACACACACACACACACACACACACACACACACACACACACACACACACACACACAGCCACUAAAGACUCAACAAAUGUGAAAAGCGUGUGAUGUGCAUGCGCACACUGCAUUUUAAGCAUGCAUGCUUGCACACAGUCAUUUUUUUCUGGAGGGUCGCAAGAUACGUAUGCAGUUUACAUAUUCUCGAUGCAAAACCUUUCCCCGCUCGCCCGCUCUGUGUGCGACUGUGUAGUGUAACCGUAAACAGCAUGUGUAAACGACGUGUCGCGUUGCUUAACCUGCGCAACCGCGUACACGCAAACAGCGCGGCCCGGGUUCAAGGGUCAGGUCCGACCGCAUCAGCGCCGGGGGGGGGGGGGGGGGGGUCCAGCGGGGGUCCAGCGGCCGGUCCCAACGGGCCCCUCACGUAGAACUAAACAAACACUCGCUCUGUUGACAGCAGGCCGGCAGCGCCAAGCCCCCCCCCCCCCCCUGAGCCAUGCAUGUUUUCAUUGCUCGUCUGCAUGCCCCCCUCUGCCUCUCUCUCCCUUUCUCUCUCCUCCUAGUACUCACAACCACCUAGAAGCCAUGACAACCACAGCAGCGCCAUGACAACCACACCAUAGCAACCCCGGUGUGGAGGGGCCUUAAGAUAAUAGCGGAAUCCUGUGUUUGUACCAACAGAAGGAGAGGGAGAGAUAGAUAGAGAGAGGGGGAGAGAGACGUAGCAGGCCACAGUGACGGGCAGCGGUCGAGGCUCAGGCCUGCUGACCUCCGUUGGUUCAUGGAGAGGCGCUCCGCUGGGACGGCUGAACCGGCCCGGAGGUGCGGUCGAAACUCCACCGCACAAGGACGAGGGAACGAUAUCAUUGUGCGCAGAGCACUAUUUUAAAUUUUGGACCUCGCCUAAAGAAAAAUAUAAUAUAUAUAUAUAUAUAUAGAUAAAUAUAUACACCAUAGAUCUAUGUACAUAGCCUCAAUAAUUGAAGCCCGAUUUCGAAUGUAUUUUCAUCCUGCAAAAAGGGCAAUUUGUUUACAAAUAUUUGAAUAAGUAUACAAUACUUUUAACAAUUUUGCAUGAAAUACUGAGGAUAUGUUUGCUUGUCGGCUUGCAGCUUCAGUAUGACAGUCCCCCUUCCUUUGGUUAUGAAUUGGCUGAUCUAAAAGAGAGAAACAACGGCACUGGGAUGUACUAUGACAUGUCAGUCAUGUCAUGGAAGUAAUGUUACUUUCGUGUCCAUGUGUUUCUUUUUCUAUCGACUUCUUUGUAUUUGUAUUGAUUACGUAAACGAAUUCCACGUAUGUGCAGACUGU